AUGGACCAGAAUUUAUUUGACCAUUUCCCCAGUAAUGGACAUUCGGGCUGUUUCCAAUCUUUUACAUUACUAACAAAGCUGCUGCAGACAUCCUGUACAUAUAUCUUGUGUCCACAUGCAAGUGUCUCUGAGGCUAGAUUUCCAAAGAGGGAUGAGAGACGCGAGUGUGAGAGACGUGGAUUGAAAAUCAUGAAGCCUGAAGGGUGGGCAUCUUUAGGGUUUGAUGGUGCAGACCUCCAUGUGUGUACCUGUGUGUUGAGGGACCUGGAGAGCCGUGUUAUGUGGGGAGCACGGGGCCCCUGA